AUGGCCCAGAUCAGAGCCCCUGUUAUUGUGCUGCUCGUGCUCCUGGCUGUGGGGCUGUUCACUACUGAGGCUUCUGCAGCUAAACAAGGACGUCGUAGAAGAGGCUGCUGUCAAAGCUAUACUGGUGGGGAAAUACCUUUUGGAGUUAUCGUAGGCUAUACCCUACAGAAUGAUAUUGAAAUCUGCAGAAUCCCUGCCAUCAUAUUCCACACUAAAAAGGGGAAAGAUUUGUGUGCAGACCCUUCCCAGAGCUGGGUGAUCCAACAUGUCAACCGACUGGGGGACAAGGCGGUUCACAUCAGGAAAUCACAGUACUAA